AUUCAAUAAUUUAGUUCCGAUUUCGAUCCUCCAAACAAAAAAUAUGAUCCUUUUUCAAACAUUAUAUAUUUUCUGCCAUUUUACUAGUCAAAUUUGUACCAAUCAACUAGUCCAUGUUUUAAAUGUUAUUUAUUUGAAUUAUAUGACCAAACAAACCAAUAAUUCCUUUAACAAACAUCAAGUAUUAAAACACACACACACACACACACACACAAAAAUGAAUCAAAAUCUUGAUCAUACUAAAUCAGAGACACAAGAAGAAGGGAAUAUUCCAGAAUCUUCGAUGACGAACAUCACCCUCCGGCCAAUCGAACUAUCCGACGUGGACGAUUUCAUGACGUGGGCAACCGACGAAAGGGUGACGAGAUUCUGCCUGUGGUCCACCUACACCAGCAAGGAGCAGGCAGUUGACUACAUCAAGAACCACGCGAUCCCGCAUCCAUGGCUGAGAUUGAUCUGCCUCGACGACAAUCGGGCCGUCGGAUCCAUAACCGUGACGCCGUGCACGGAUUCCGGAUACGACAGGUGUCGGGCAAAGAUUGGCUACGUGGUGGCACACGAGUACUGGGGCAGAGGGAUCGCCACGCUGGCGGUUAAAACGGCGGCCGCUGCGAUUUUUAAGGAGUGGCCGCACUUGAGGAGGCUUGAGGGUGUCGCUGACGUGGACAAUAGAGGGUCGCAGAGGGUGCUCGAGAAGAGUGGAUUUGAGAGGGAGGGUGUUUUGAGGAAUUAUGUGGAGUUGAAGGGCAAGAUUGUCGAUGUUGUCAUGUAUAGUAUCGUCGUUUAAAUCGAGUUCGUAGUGUACUAUGUUGUUUAUUACCUCGUUUUAAGUAUUUGCAAUAGUAUUAUCGAUUACAUU